UGUUGACUCCAAUGUUUAUUUAUUUUUAAAAAACCCGUCUAAGCAAUUUAUUUCUUUAUCCUAAGUUAACCUUUUCUGGACUCUCUCUUUAUCCAUUUAUUUUUGUUUACUUGUAAAUAGAGCAUCAGGUUUUCCAUUCAAAACUAAACAUCAGCGCAGCUUUUGCAGUUUGGGAAUUUCUUAAGAAUCUCUGGUUUGAUAAUGUGGGAUUAAGUUAUGGAAAUAAAUGUAAAGACAGGAAAUGCUUCUGUCUACAAAUGGAAAGCACCUCAUGUUCAUGUUCUCACCAAAUAACUAAUAACGGCAACAACGAGCAUAGUUAUCGACCUGGAAACUGCUGGACAAAAGCAGGACACAGCUUCAGCCGCCUGCAGGCUCACAUCGCUGCCUCCCUUUUAAUGAGCAGACGGGGGUUUCCAGUACAACCAGUAGCUCCAGUACCAGCUCUACUAUCAGCUCUAUUGACUUGAGAAUUGAGGUCAUACUGACAAAAAUACUGACAUAAAUAAAUAUAUUUAAAUAAAUGUUUAUUAAUGUGGCAUUCAGAGCUACAGUCGCCUAUGUUGUCUGGCAAUGGAAACCAGUAUAAACUCUCAGUUGUAACUUAUGGGCUGCUGCUAAAUAUUUAGCUGACAAGCUAAAUAUUUAGAUCAGAGCUAAAUUGUAAGUAUUUAUCUUGGAGCUAAAUAGGUUAGCUAAAUACUUAUUUUGAAGCAAAAUAAUGUGUCAGCAAAUGUGAUAUUCAGCUUACUAACUGAAUAUUUAGCUUCAAGAUAAAUAUUUAGCUAGCCAUUUUAGGUGGUAGGCUAAGAUCGUAGCCUUUUACCUAAAUAUUUUAUCUGGAGCUAAUCGAAAGAUACAUAUUUAACUUGCUAACGAAAUACUUUGUUUGCUAAUAAAAUGUUUAGUUUGGAGCUAUAUUGGGUUAUUUACAGAUUCUGAAAAUGCGGAUUUCAGUGAUGGAAGACAUGGAAAUGAGAAAAGCAGUAGUUUUUUAAAACAAGUGUGUGCUUUAGCAACAUUUCCAUGCUAUAUAGGAGUAUGAUAAAAGAGAAAAAGACUUGAGUUGCUUUGGCAGAAACAAAACUUUCCUUUUAGCCCGAUGUAAGUAAUUGUUUUAUUUUGGAUGUUAGGAUGCAGUUAGUCAACGUGGGGCGCAGCGCUGCUCACGGCCUGGUUCCUGUUAUAUCACACUCUGCAGCCGCAGGCCUGGCAGACGUAGAUCUGCUUUCUGGUGGCAUGUUAUGUUUCUGCUUCUGUUCUAAAAACAAAAGUUCAGCAACUCACUCAGAGAAACCGAAAAACAUUCCUGCAGAAAUUACUUUUUCCAGUUAUCUAAGUAUUUCUGGCAUUGCUUUCUUUCCACCAGCUUCUCUUGUGAGUGACCCGGUCUUAUUCUUUUAUUAUUUUUAACACACUGCUUUGGUAAGCUAGCUGUACGCAGCAGGUUAAUGCUCAUGCAGCACCUUGCAGACCACCACAGUGUGAGAAAGAUUGCUUUAGAGUUACUCUGUUUGUUGUUGACAUCAACAGAAGAUGUUUAUAAAUGUUUCCACAGUUUGGACGAAAAAGAGCAAAACACACGGUUGGACCUCAUGAGGGGCAGAAUGUUGGUAAAGGCUUUAGAAAUUAGGAGGAAGAAUAAGAAUGGAAGGAAAUCAGAGCGGCACAGAGCUGAGUAAGUGGAGCAGAACCAGAGCGUCGUCGGUGAGGGAGGGGCGACCCGGUGUCUCCGACGGGGGUUGGACAGAGGAGCAGACGAUCUCAGGAUUCACGCCGUGUUCGGACAUUUUUCCUGGACGGUCUGAACAGAACAAAGUCCUGGAGGACCAGUAGGAGCUUUUCCUGGGUCCUCAGAUGUUCUGGGUUCCUUCGGCCUCUGGGUGAUGGUUCGGUGGCGCUCUAACGGCACCUGUUGAAGUCCGGGGUCGUCAGCAUGGUGGCAGGUCAGAGGCCCGGUUCUGUGCUGGGACACCUGCUGACCUCUGGGUUUUCCUCUCAGAACCACAACAUGGGGAAACAGGAGGAGGAGUCCGGCACCAAGCGCAGCAAACCGGUUCCCAGGGUGGCGGCGCUGGCGAGCCUGCUGCCUCCGGUCAGAGCCACUUCGCUGAAGAGGAUCGGCCAAACUCUGCAGUUUCUGUCCCUGCAGCGCUCCGUCAGUUUCCGUAACGAGAGUCGAGCUUCAACUCUACCAAAUCCUCCGACUCUUCCUCCUUCUUCCUCCUCUUCCUUUUCCACGAUGACGACGCGUGUCGUGUCCGCGACGGUCUCCGGCCCUCCGUCCGGCACGACCAUGACGCGGGUUUCCACGGCAACAGGCCCCGCCUCCAAGCGCCGCGACAGCAAACUGUGGAGUGAGACGUUCGACAUCCGAGUCGGAGCGACUCUGAGUCCAAAGGAGAUAAAAAGACAAGAGGCCAUUUUUGAGUUGGCUCAAGGAGAACAGGACUUGGUGGAAGACCUUAAAUUGGCCAAAAAGGCGUACCACGACCCGAUGCUGAAGCUGUCCAUCAUGACUGAGCAGGAACUGAACCAGAUCUUCGGUACUCUGGACUCACUCAUACCUCUGCAUGAAGAUUUGCUGGGUCGGCUACGAGACGCCAGAAAACCCGACGGAACCACAGAAAAUGUCGGACACAUCCUGACCGCCUGGCUGCCGUGUCUCUCCUCCUACACGCCAUACUGCAGCAACCAGGUUCAGGCCAAGGCCCUGCUGGACCAGAAGAAGCAGGACCGGCGGGUCCAGGACUUCUUGCAGCGCUGCCUGCAGUCUCCGUUCAGCAGGAAGUUGGACCUGUGGAACUUCCUGGACAUCCCUCGCAGCCGGCUGGUGAAGUACCCGCUGCUGCUCAGAGAGAUCCUGAAGCACACGCCCAACGACCACCUGGACCGGCAGCACCUGGAGGAAGCGAUGCUGAUGGUGCAGAGCGUGGUGGCGGACAUCAACAGGCGGACCGGAGAGUCGGAGUGUCAGCACUAUAAGGACCGUCUGCUUUACUCAGAUGAAGGACGGCGGGACGAACUGAUCGACCGAUCCAAAACGCUCAGCUGCCACGGAGAGCUGAAGAACAACAGAGGAAUCAAGCUCCACGUGUUUCUGUUCCAGGACAUUUUGGUGAUCACCCGGUCGGUUUCGCUGAACAGCCAGCGGGUUAGCUACCAGCUCUGCCGCCAGCCAAUCCCCAUCAGCCAGCUGGACCUGGAGGACGUAUCGGACGGCGAGAUGAGAGUGGGCGGGUCCAUCAGAGGGGCCUUCAGCAACAACGAGCGAACCAAGAACUUCUUCCGGGUUUCGUGCCGGUCAGGAAGCCAGCUGCAGACGCACUGCUUCCAGGCGAGCGACGCCUUCAACAAGCAGCAGUGGAUCAACUGCAUCCGGCAGGCCAAGGAGGCGGCGGGAGACCAGACUCCUCAGACGGAACGGCGUACAGAACCAGAACCAGGAGAACCAACCGAUUCGAGCGAAAAUUCAGAAAUCAAAAACGAAACUUUGGCAAAGACAGAAGAUCUGAAUCUGGAAGAUGCUGGUUUAUUCUCAGAAAGCAUGAUGGCCGACAAUGAUGGGAUGUCAUCAGUAGAACCAGAGAUGGACGGUGAGACAGAGUCGACACCAGAACCAGAACCACCUGCAGACUGCAGGAUGGACCAAGAAGUAGAGACUACAGGUGGGAAGGACACUCUGAACGCAGAGGAAGAGGAGGAGGAGGAAGUCAGCACAGACGCCGGAGACAACGAGGAAAUGAUCUGCAGAUGCUGACGGAGAAUAAACUGAACUGAAUUCAACCGAAUAAAGAAUCAGUUCAGAUACUCAACAAAAUGUUGGUUCUGAUGGUUAAUAUUAGGACAUUUGUGAAUUUCCAACAACAAGCUGGGUGUUUUUUAUUGAAGUUUUCUUACACGGCAAAAUCACAAAAUCUUACCAAGUAUUUAAUGUCUAGUUUCUAAUCUUAGUACAUUUGAAUUAAGAUAAAACUAACUUAGAAGGAACUUUUCAGCAAAAUACAGGAGCUGGUUUUAAACCAAUAGUUCCUUAACAUUUAUUUUAAACUCAAUCCACUGGAUUUUUUUUUACUCUUUUAUAACAUUUUCCCAAAGUUAUAGGUAAAACAAUCUGCUAGUUGAAUUAGUACUUCUUCAUUAAUGAUUGACUUUUCUGAGUUUCUUGCGGCUAAUUUUUCUUUACAAACUCUGAAAUUUCUUCGCUCUUUUCUAGAAAAUUUCUGAGAUCUUGUAUCUUCUUGCAAAUUUUUAUUUUAAAAACGUGCUAGAUUAUUUCAGUCAUAACAAGACACGUUCAACAUAGUGAAAUAAUUUGCCAGUGGAAACAGAAUUUGGUUGCUAGGUAACGGGGCUUAGCUUGGCUGGGGUUGCUAGGUAACGGCACAGGCCCCUUAACUUGAAAUAAACUGGCAGUGGAACUAGAACAUUUUCAUCAAUAUUUAAGAAUUACUGACUAUAACUUAGUUACUUGUAAUUUAUUUGACUUAUUUCAAAUGUACUGAGAUAUUUGCAGUAACAACUAGAGCAAAAAUACUUUUUAAAUAAUAUUUUGUGUUUUUGCAGUGUAACUUACAAGUUCCAGUGUUAAGUUCUUUAGAAAGUUAUGACAUUAUCAAUGCUUGUCAGUAUUUGAAAAUUGUGACAAAACAAAAUUAAUUAUUUCAAUAAUUUAUCAUCCAGUAAAAUGUCUUAUUUUAACUAGAUUCUAGUGAAAAACCUAAAAUUUUGUUUCUGGAGCGAAUAAAAUUAAUUUGCCGAUAUAUUUGGUUUUGUUUGCCGCAGUAGCUCAUUUAGCCACUCUGACAGAUGGUGGCGCUGUGUUUAUUGUUCCAACAACUCUCACUGUAAAAAAUGGGUUUAUUUUAUGCUGAGCAUUCAGCUUUACUUUAUGUUUGGAAAAAGAAGCCUCAUACGGUUUUAUCCAGACGGGUUUUAAAUGCCGUUUUAUAAACAUUUCACCGUUCGUCUCAGCUGAACUGAAACUGGGAGCUGACCCAGUUUCAGUGGAAAUGGAGAGGAACCCAUUUAGCAGCAGAACCAUUAAUCUUUUAGAGCAUUUUCCUUUUUAAAAUCACAACCAAGUGUUAUCGGUUUAUGUUUCUGUAUAGAUUCCAGGUGGUUUUUGUGCAGAGAAAACUGUUGUACAUGUAUUGUACAUAAAGAAUGUAUAUGAGGAAUAUGUCCAUAUGAAUGCCUGAACCAUUGUUUAUUAAUAUGCAACUCAUAAUUCAGGAAUAUUGAUUGAGCCAAAUGUGUCCUAGUGUUGAUAACUGAUUGCGCAUCUCAGAAGCACUGAAAGGAAACAAUCCCCUUUAUUCUGCUGCAUCCAAAAAAAAAAAAAAAACAAGGCAUUCAUGAACAUCUUUGUUAAAUCAUAGACUCAAUAAAUUUUGUCUAAAUGAU